CGAUUUCAGAAGGAUUAUCACCCAUUUCUGGAAGGUCUUCGUCGAUUUCCACUCUCAAAACGCACAAAGAGACGGACAUCGAUAAAGGAUUUAAUGUAAUCUAAUAUGCAAAGUAAUUAUAUGGUUUAUCAUCACAACUGGACACAAUUCUGAUAAAUUUUAUUUGUUUAUUAAAUCGUUCCUAAAAACGUAUCCACAAAAACUCAUCAAAGAACAAGUCAAAUGUAAACAAGGGAAACACUGUCUGAAGGGAAACGUCGACGAAAGAACCACUUGGGUUGGAUGCAAUGAGUAAAAUGAAAUGAAUCUUGCCAGAAACUCGUCGGGUAUCGAAAAACUGCGACAGAAAUACGAUAAUAGCAUAUAAAUAAAAGAGAUAGCAUAAAUAUAUGACAAUAGAAUGAUUACUUCUUAAAUUUGUAGUAUGUUCAUCUUUUUGUUUUUAAAUUAUUUCAUUUGAAAGGCGAAGGAACUUAAGUUGCAAUAUUUGCGGGCAUGAAGCUGUAGCCAUUUGCAGUUGACAGUUGAUACCACCAAGGCAAUUUCUAUAAUAAAGUUACAUAAUGAAAAAUAAUAAUUAAUCGACAAUCAAAACAAUGUAAUAUUUAUAUUAGCAAAUAUGGCUGGAUAAAUCAUAUAAUUAAUAUUUUUUUUAGAGUAAAAUAAUCUGGCUGUAUAUAUUAAACACCUUUGCUUUCAUUUAAAUAAAAAAAUAUUAAAAAGUUUCAGGAAAAUAUUCAAUAUGGCUGCAGAUCAUACGACGACGUGAGCUGUCAGCUGUAAUAAGUUUUUGUUUCUUUGUGUUUAUUACGCCUAAAAAUGUUAUGAUCAUUACGUGUACGUGAAUAUGGGUGCAAAAGACUCAAAACCUACUUUUAUAUCCUACGAAGAUGCAGUUAAACGAGUGCCUGAUAGUGAGUUGAGACGGAUUCGUGAGGCGUUCAAGAGAUGCGCCGGCACCAACGGUACAUCCUUGAGCUUAGAAGCAUUCGUCCACGAAGUUUUGUGUGAUGGUGUACCUUACGAGGUAGCAGAGUGGUUGUAUCAGGCCUGUGGAGGCACCAAACGGGGUAUAGCUUUCAAAGAAUUACUAUGUGGAAUAGUAGUACUUACAAAAGGAAAUCUUGAGGAGAAAAUCAAGUUUUUGUGGACACUAUAUGUAAACAAUCAGAGUGAUAGUGGUACAUAUAUAUACAAGAGAGAUUUUGCAAGAUCUCUGCACUUGGAGAACACAUCUCUGCCAGUUACUGGUGCUCAAAAGACUGCAGAAAUAUUGCUUAGUCUAUUUGGACCUGGAGAAAAAGUAACUUUUGAGCAGUUCCGAUCAUGGCUUCUAAUACACAAGGAUGCCACUGUGCUGUCCCAGUGGCUGCUCUCUGGAGGAGGGCAUGUGGUUCCAGACUUGGAAACGCCUACAUUUUAUCAAACUCUAGCUGGCGUUACACAUUUAGAAGAAAGGGACAUAAUAGAGUUGGAGAAGUGUUUCUGGUCACUGAGGAACGCGGCGCCGACGGGCCAGCUGGACGCGGAGAGUCUGACACCGCUGUUGUCGCCGCCUCUGCCGCGCACCGCCGUCGCAGGCACCGUGGCCGCCUUCGACGAGAACAGAGACGGACAUGUGGACUUUAAAGAGUUAUGCUGCGGACUCAGUGCUGCCUGCCGGGGACCGAGGACUGAACGACUCAAGUUCUGCUUCAAGAUAUUCGACAUGGAUCGGGACGGAGUCCUCAACAGAAAGGAGUUAGUGGACAUGGUGGAGGUUCUCUGCACUGUGGCCAACGAGGCCCUUAAACUGCAGGGCUCCCGGGCCUCCACUCCGGACGCGGAACCGGAGCCCUGCAGCGGGUUAAACCCGGAUGCCACGCUGACUGACCUGAGGGAUAAACUGGUGGCGUUGCCCAUGAAACCCAUGUUCCAGUUGGGACCUGACGGCGAAGCAGAGAACAUUAUUGUUAGCGAGGAAGUGACAGAGGAUGGUACGGGCGGGUGUGAGAUGGCGCUGACCCUGGAAGAUUUCCUGAUCUGGAGUGUGGAGAGCGCGGACGCGCUGGUGUCGCCGUUCCUGUCGCUGCUGGUGGAGGUGUGCCACAUCGUGCUGGGGCUGCGGCCGCAGUGUGAGCACCAGGAGCGGGACAUUGUGCUCGGAUGGCUGCGUCGCGAGGUGGCGCGCGGCUACUCGGUGGGUCAGUUCUGGUUCCUGGUGGGCGCGGAGUGGUGGGGCGCCUGGCUGGCGCACACGGCCGGCGCGGGCCACGCCUGCUGCCGCGCGCACAACAAGCAUGCCGACGACAUCGUCUGCGACGACAGCUACACCAGCACCUCCACCGAGUCAAUGGGGUCUCUCCUAUGGCGUGCGGAGAGUGCAUCACUGGGCAGCGCCAGCAGCAGCGGCGUCAGCAGUGCUGCAGCGCAGCGGCCCCCGCCCCACCCCGGGCCCAUCGACAACAAGCGGCUGCGGGCACACACCCCGCUCAAGGUGCGGAGUUUGACCGGUGAAGGCGGGCACUUGCGCCGCGAUGUGACUUUGGCGCAACACCGGGACUUUGAACUAGUGCCAGACGCAUUGUGGCGAGCAUUGGCGCUUUGGUACGGCGGCCCCGAUCCUUUGCCGAGACAGGUCAUAAGGCCGCCAAACUCCGACGUUGAGUUGGAGUUGUAUCCCCUGGAAUUGAAGAUCUUAAGGCACGUACCUAGCACGCAAACCGGGGGGGCCCCAGGCGUGGGCUUGGGCGUGGGCGGAGGCGUGGGGUCGCUGGGCGUGGGCGUGGGCGUGGGCGGGAGCUGCCCCGAGCGACAGCUGGCAUACACCGCCGCCUUCUCCAGGCUCGCCACCGUCAAACAGGUGACGGAGUUCCUAUGCAGCGCCUUAGGUCUUGCACGCGAAGACGUCCGUCUGUGGGCCCUCGGCACCAACACAGUGCUGCUGGACGACGAGCGACCCACGCUGCUGCAGCUGCGGCUGCACGAGCGGCCGCGGCUACUGCUGGAGCGGCGCAACCCCGACCUCACCUGGCCCGAGGAGAUCGGCGCGCUCAGUGGGUCUCGGGCCACAGAGCGGCGUGAGACAUUGGUAGCGCCGCACCUGCCGGGCGCCACGGGGCUGCACAACCUCGGCAACACCUGCUUCAUGAACGCCGCGCUGCAGGCGGUAUGGAACACGGGUCCGUUAACGCAGUACUUCAACUCGGACAUGCACCUGUACGAACUGAACACCGCCAACCCGCUGGGGACGCGUGGCGCAUUAGCUUUACGCUUUGGGGAACUUUGCAAAGAGGUGUGGUCCUGCAGCGCGCGUUCGGUAGCUCCGUUGCGCGUGCGCUGGGUGGUGUCGCGGUUCGCGCGCGCGCUGGGAGGGGGGGGGCAGCACGACGCGCAGGAACUGCUGGCCUGGCUGCUGGACGCGCUGCACGAGGAGCUCAACCGGGGACGACUCGCCUCACCCGCGCCCGAGCCCCCGCCCCGCCCCGACCAGGUGGCAGCGGCGCACGCAUGGGAAGCAUUCACGGCGCGCAACUUCUCAAUUCUAACGGAAUUGUUCUACGGACAGCUCAAGUCUCGUGUGCGAUGCGACGCUUGCGGGCAACACUCUGUGCGCUUCGACACCUUCAACAUGCUGUCGCUACCUCUACCUAUGGAGAGCUACGUGCGCGUACAAAUCCGAGUAAUCUUAUUGGACGGAUCAGUGCCUGUGAAGUAUGGUUUACGAGUUAAUUCUGAAGGGACUUACCUGGAAAUGAAACAGAAGUUAUCAGAAUUGUGUGGACUGGCGCCUGAAUCCAUGCUGAUAGUGGAGUUAUCCGGUGCUACCAUCGGUCGGGUUGUAGAAGACGGGUCGCGAGUGCGGGCGGGGCUGGGUGUGGGGUCGGGGUCGCUGACCGCAUACGAGCUGCCGCCGCCGCUGGCACUGCCGCACCACGCGCCCGCUAACGGUUGGUGCGAGGAAGCUCAGCAGUGGGCCGAGGUGAGUGUGGCGCGCGGCUCUCAGCCUAACUCGCUCUGCAUGCCCGCACUCUUCUGCUUCAAGCGGUCGCGCUCCGAGGUGCUCAUGUCGCAGUCCCCGCCCGGCGCCUUCUACGGCCGCCAGGACACAGACCCCGUCGACUACAGAUCCAGGACCUUACCCAAAGAAACUAGAGAAACGGACUCCCCCACACUAAGCGUCAAGUCACUCAAUAUCAAACCUUCCAGCCCCUGCCUCAAAGUCAAGUUUGGCUCGUCGCCUUCGAAUAUGUGCAAGAUGGAUAGUGCAAAGGAUGGUUUCGUGUCUGGGCAGAUACAGUAUUUGGUUGCGGUGCAUAGGAAGCAGUGUCGUCAGGACGCGUACUUCCUGUCGUCGCAGCGCUGCAAGCCGGCGCUGUUCGGCGUGCCCCUGCUCGUGGGGCUGCGCGCCGGCAUGAGCGGCCGAGACCUCUACGCCGCCGUCUGGACGCAGGUCGCUAGGCUACUAAGCCCGAGGCCUCCGGCCCAUGAUCAGUCCAAUCAUGCAACAGAUUGCGACGACAGCCUUGGUUACGAGUUCCCGUUCACGUUGCGUUUAGUUAACGGCAGCGGCGCGUGGUGCGGCGCCUGCGCCUGGCCCGCGCUCUGUAGGGGGUGCGCCCUGCCCAGCGACGCGCGCCCGCUGCUGAUGUGCUGCGGUGGUUGUGGCGGCAGUCCGUCGAGCCGCAAGCCGUCGUUGGCUGCAGGCUGGACGCAUACGGCCAACAAGCUGCAGCGGCAUGCUAGCGCCCGCCUGACACGGGAGAACUUAGAAGACGGGGAGGUGACGGACGCGGAGCUGGGCGUGGUGCGAUGCUUAGAGCUAGGAGGCUCCAGAAGAUUGCAGCUGGCCAUAGACUGGGACCCCACCGCGCUGCAUCUGAGAUACCAAACCACUAGGGAGAAGAUUUGCGUGGAGCACUCGUCGGUCCGGGAAUGUGGGGCGGCAGCGGAGGCCGUGGACCUGGCGUCGUGUCUGCGGGCCUUCACUCGCGACGAGCGCCUGGAAGCCGCCUACCAUUGUGAGCGGUGUCGCGCCGCCCGCCCCGCCUACAAGAAGCUGCAGAUAUGGCGCGCGCCGCCCGUCCUAGUGCGUAUUGUACUCAUAGCGGAGGCCGGGGACCUGGCGUCGUGUCUGCGGGCCUUCACUCGCGACGAGCGCCUGGAAGCCGCCUACCAUUGUGAGCGGUGUCGCGCCGCCCGCCCCGCCUACAAGAAGCUGCAGAUAUGGCGCGCGCCGCCCGUCCUAGUGCGUAUUGUACUCAUAGCGGAGGCCGGGGACCUGGCGUCGUGUCUGCGGGCCUUCACUCGCGACGAGCGCCUGGAAGCCGCCUACCAUUGUGAGCGGUGUCGCGCCGCCCGCCCCGCCUACAAGAAGCUGCAGAUAUGGCGCGCGCCGCCCGUCCUAGUGCGUAUUGUACUCAUAGCGGAGGCCGGGGACCUGGCGUCGUGUCUGCGGGCCUUCACUCGCGACGAGCGCCUGGAAGCCGCCUACCAUUGUGAGCGGUGUCGCGCCGCCCGCCCCGCCUACAAGAAGCUGCAGAUAUGGCGCGCGCCGCCCGUCCUAAUAAUCCAUCUGAAGAGGUUCCAGUACGUGAACAACAAGUGGAUAAAGUCACAGAAGGUGGUAAACUUCCCGUUCGAAGACUUCGACCCCACAGAGUUCCUGGCGGCCGUGCCCCAGGAGACUAUCCUCAGGCACCACGAGCUGAUGAAGGCCAGCGCCCCCGCACCCAGCCUUCAGGACCAACUUGAAGAAGAGGACGCCAUAUCCGAGACUGAUACUGAAGAUGAGGAACAUUCCGCGCCUACAACGCAACAACAACCCACCAAACAAACGUCCAAGGGUGUGAACCGUCGCCGCUCCAGCCUGGCGGCGCGCCGUCAGCGGCUGGAGUCAGCCAGUUUAACGGCCACGCCUGUCUCCGACGACAACCUGGUGGACUUCCAUCAGCACCGGUUGCUGCCUGAUGAGGACCCCUUCGACCUCAAAUACAACCUCUACGCCGUCGUGUCGCAUUCGGGCCAACUGAGCGGGGGGCACUACGUGUGCUACGCGCGCAAUCCAUCUGGUACCUGGCUCUGCUACAACGACAGCGCCUGCCGAUCCGUGUCCCGCCACCUCAUCGACCCCAGCGCUGCCUACCUGCUGUUCUACCAGCGCCGGCGCCUGCACUACACCAGGUACCUCCCGGAGGUGAGCGGGCCGCCCCCCGCGCCGCCCGCCGCGGACCCCGACGAGCCCGACCUCGCCAAUAACUGCGUCAUCGCGUAACCACCACCAGCACCAUCACCACUACAACACUACCCUCAACAAUACAAUCCCCCAAAACACACAAUAAAAAGUAGCCAUAAAAAUUCUGACUAAUACCACAAAAAAUAUAUUUAAACUUACCGUUAUUGAAUACCAGAGGGCCAUCUCUUUUUCUCCGAAACGAACUUUCGAUAACGAAUUUCAAACGAAAUUUAAUUUCAUAAAUUUAAGGUUGUACUGUAUUUGAACGAUAAACUAUCAAAAUGAAGCUAUCUUUGAGAAGGCUUAGAAAAUCUUACCUCAAUCUAUGUUUCGACGACGAAUAUUAUUAUGAUUAAAAACGAACCAGAAACAUAGUAAGAAAAGUGCGAGGUUUUUAUUGAAAUUUCGUUUUACGUUGAAUUUUUACGGGUCCUAGGCCGUAGCUAGAAUGAGGGCUGCCGUUUUUUGUCUCACCAGAUGGCGCCCCUGGUGAGUGAGGUUCUGAAAUAUAGCUUUUAAAGUUUGUUUAUACGAGCAUGAAAUCAAAGUUUACAUUCAAAUCAUAUUUUAAUACAAAAGAACCGUAUCGUAAACAUAAUCGACCAUGCCACAUUGCUACGCAGUGCCGUUUUGAUCGGAAAAAAGGAGGACGGAAUAAUAAUUUUGUCUUAACUCCUAACUCUUUAAAUCACUGACAUUCAUUGACACGUAACUCAUGUUUGCCAAAAUUAAUCGGUGUCAUUACCAAAUAUUCACAACUUCAUUUUAAUAAGCAAUAAACCUGCGUAGUCAACCCACAAGCAAUAACAUUUGACAUUUCUGAGACCUCACGCUACAGAAGCGCCUCUAGCGGCGGAUUGAAACGCGAUAGCCUCAUUGUAUUAAGAUAAUAAGAGCAGUGGUAAUUAUAGGUAGAGCUUAUGCAGGGGCAUGCCGACCUUCGCAUCCUGCCGCCCCGUUUUAAGGUAGGCCAAUGGUAUUUUAAGGUGGGACAUUACCCCAUAAUGCCCCGCCCUCUAGCUACGGCCCUGAAUACCACCGUAUCGUCAGUCAUUUGUAAAACAAACGGCCUCACUCUGACCCCUCGUUUCCACCAGGAAACAAGUCAUAUACUUGUUUUAAAUAAAACUUGUAGAAUACUUACUUGUUGUGGCUGUUUGAAACAUUAUUUCUUUUACUCUCAAAAGUCAAAAUAUAUUUAUUAAAAUUGAAUGAAAAAUACAACUCUUUUGAGUCGUCCAUAUUUUUCCCCCUACCACCAGUUAAGAACAUUUUUUGUAGCUGUGGAGAAAAACUGGCGAAAAAAACUUCACAGCGUUACAUAAUUAUGUAACAAUAUUUACAAAAUAUUAUAUUGUUACGGUGUCAAUACAAAAUAAUUACACUACAUAGACAACUAGUAUCUUACAAGUAUGAAGCACUUAUUUACUUCACAUAUUUUGUUUAUCCAACAAGUUUGAUGCGAGUAUUGUAUACUACAUGUUUUGUACAUGUAACAUAAGAACAAAAAAUUAAGACUGUAUGAAAAAUUUGUUAUAUACAUGUAUUACACCUUGGUGUAAACGAAGGGCGAGACAAUCUUCAAGUAAAAGCCGCGCCAAUAUAGAAACGAUUCCAAAAUGGCGUCUAUGUACCUGCACUGACAGAUGAUACAGUCAACAAAUAAGAAAAGAAAACGACAGUGCGAGAACAAAGUCAGAACUGAUAUUUUUUUUUGCAUGCAGUACGCGCCGUGUGCGACUAAAGACAGCAAUAGUUUAGAGUGAGAGCGCAUGAUCGCCGCCGCCAUUUUAGUUUCGUUUCUUUAUUGGUGUGGCUUAUAUCAUAAUAUUUAAAAUAAGCGUUAUUUACACUGAACAAUACUACUUAACCAAAUCAGUGAUAGAUAAUUAUACAAGUAUUAAGUAAAGUCUGCAAUAUGCAUAGCUAAUGAGAUCAUUAAUUUAUUAUUUAUAUUACAAAAUGGUGGCUACAAUAAACAUCACACGUGAAAUGAUUGAAGUGCUGUGGAAGAUGCAUAAACUCAUUUAGUCCUCGUAAAAACUUUAGCACCGAUUCAAGGAGCAAAUGAUAAUGUUACUUAAUUUUUAAAAUUGAAAGAAUGUGAUGCGUCGUUUCAUUCCUUUGUUUUUUUCUUAUGCAUAUAAUUACACAUAAUUUAGAAAAUUAUUAGCACCGCUUACUGUUUACUGCUUACUUAAAAAACUGUUGCUGCAAAAGUUUAAUUUUGUGCCAGCAGUCAAGUCCUUUCUUCCUCCUAUACAGGCGUCUCAUUCAAUUCCAAAACAUGUUUUGCCUUAUCGGCGAAUGUUAAUAAAAUACGAAAGACUGUUUCAAACCGAUUCAAAAUGAGAAUAAAUAAAUAAUCUUUUCACCUAUUUUUUAAGGAAUAAGGUGAUUGUAAAGACGUGUAAUGUCGAUAUAUAUAGUUAGUCAUGUUUAGACUAAUGUAUUUUUAUUGAUAUAAUUGUUAAAUUUUUGUUGAAAAAAAUAUAUAGGAGGUUAUUUACACUAUUGGUUUGGAACAGACUACUUCCGCCUUAUUUCAGAACGUAGACUAAAGAUAUACCAGUCCCCGUUGCAUGAGCACCACAAUUUACAUUAUAUCACGUUUUUUAUCGUGUCUAACUGUCAAAGUAAUUUGACAGUUGAGCGUGAUAAAAACGCGUUAUAUUUCAUAACGCGGUGGUCAUGCUAGGGCAUAGUCUGGGCUGGACGAAAACUGAUACUGGUGUCGAUUCUAGCAUGAUUCUCUAAAUUUAAAUUUGACAAUAGUAUAUCUCUGUCUUUCUCUGUAUAGAAUGAAAAGGAGAGACUGAUGUUAAAUUUAGUUUUAAGUUCAGAGAAUUAUGCCAGAAUCGACAUCACUUGUUUGUUUUUAAUUUGUUUCCUAAAAAGAAGAUAGAGUUUUAGAUAGGUUCAGACCACGACUAAGUUUAGUCCGCGUUUUGGAAUGGAGGUGGUUUAUUUUUUGUGUGAUAGAACAAGAAGUAUGGGUGAACCGCCGCAGCUAACGGCGUCGUCCCAUAAAAUAUUAUUUAUAACCGAGACUGAUGUGAUUAAUGUAAUUUUAUUGUAAUGUGCGAUAUUACUCAAUGAUCUUUUUUAUAUUUCAUGAGGAGCUGGCAAACAAAACGGUAUCAUUACAUAAAAUUAAAUUUUACAAGAGCUUUAUAAAAUUUAAUGACAUACCUCCAGUGAGGUUUUGGCAUGGUUUUUAAUUUAUAAGUUUAGUAAUUUUAACACUGUUGUAUUUAGGUGGCUUUGAUUGAAAAUUAUUUGCGAUUCAAAUUCAACGGGCCCGAAACCUCCGGACUGUAAAAAAAAUGAAAUUUGACCGUUUUGUUUACCAGCUCCUCAUAUCCAAGCUAUAAAUAUGUGGGAUGCCCGAGAUACUUCGUAUGUUACAAAGUAUAAUAGUCGCCUACAGAUUUUGAAUAUCUCAGUAUUCUUACUGCGCAGAGUCUAAAAUGCCUUAAAAUUUUGUAAAUAGCCUAAAUAUUACAAGUGUUCCACGGGCAUCUAUAAUAUAUUUAAAUGUAUUUAGAGUUAUAUUUAAUGUAUAAUUCGGUAUUAAGUUAAUUAAUAUAAUAAUAAUUAUUAUUAUUAAUAAUGAUAAAUUUAUUAUUUAAUCGAGCGAGAUUGGUGUAAAGAGCUUUCUAGUGUAUGCAAAUGGGCUCAAUAUUUUAAUUUUAUACGAUAACUUCGGACUGUUAUGUCGCAAAGCUUCGUACAUUUUUAGUGAGAUGAUAUAUUUAGAAUUAGUUUUGUAUCUAUGGUGAAUUUGUUGAUAUUAUAAUUAUGAAUACCAUCAUACACGGCCCUAUUCUUUUUAUUCUUAUGACGCGGUAUCUGAAUGAUUUUGCAGCUAUAUAAAAGUUUUAUUUCGUCUUUCUUCUUUACGAGUCUAGUUUGUAUACUUACUAUCUUCAUUUCAAAGCUUGACUGCAAAAAUGAAAACCUCAUGCUGGCACUUUACUUGGCUAUUUGUCAACUCGACAUCAGUCUGUCCUUUUCAUUCCUUAUAAAGCAUGAUAAGGAACAACAGACCGUUGCCAAGAUUACAAACAGCAAAUACGAAUACCCAAGUGAAGUGACGGCAUCAAAGUUGUAAGCCUCUAGUUCAAAUCGAGACGGAGAGAUUCGAUAUUGGUGUCGAUUCUGGCAUGAUUCACUAAACUUGAAACUAAAUUUGACACCAGUCUCUCCUUUUCAUUCCGUAUAAAGAAUGACAAGGAUACACUGUUGUCAAAUUUAAUUUAAGGUUUAGAGAAUCAUGCCAGAAUCACCACCAUUGUUUUUAUUUUUAUUUUUGUCGUCGACCUUAUCUAUGAUAUCAGCAAAUCGUGUAUGGUGGCUAGUGCGCGUUCCACGUUUUGUAUUUAGCAAUAUGUAUAUAAGUUUUAUUUUUACGUUAUGCGAACGUUAGUGACAUUUCGUAUUGUUUGUUAUACAACGAACAUGUUUAUGUUCCGUGCCAUCACGCCCUUUAUAAACUACCAAAGUCGAUGUUAUUGAAAUUCUAAAAUGUUGUCGCAUCCGUUGUUGUUUGCUAUUUGAUAAAAUACAAAAGAGCUUUAAUUAUGCGCGGACGCCGGUCGCUUUUGACUCUAUAGAAAUCUAAGAGAUGUUAUUUUAUUGCUACUCAGGGCCCGAUCUAGAAAAUUUGCCGCUCCGGGCAAAGAUUUUUGCCGCCCUUUAGUGACGUACUUUAGGGCUGACCCUAAGUCAAUUUUUGCCGCUCUGGGCAAAUGGCCGGCUCGCCCCCCUCCCCCCUGGAUCGGGCCCUGCUGUUACUGCCCACAUAACACGUAUUCACCGCUUUAUGAAGUAUGUAAAAUACGAAACUUACUCUUAUACAUGCCAUAUUUUCAUAAAUAAUAAAUAGAAAACAUGAAUUUGAAACUGUUAUUGUGUUAUGUAUAAGUAUUUUGAAUAUCCCUGUGCAAUAAAAAAA